AUGGCGAUACUCUUGGUUGUGAUGCUCACAUUUCUGAUUGGGAUUUCUGAGGGGCAACUCAGAAUCGGUUUCUACGCGGAAACGUGCCCGGAUGCUGAGUCCAUAGUCCGCGCUGUUGUUGAAGAUGCCAUUCUCUCUGAUGCUAAUAUCGCCGCAGUCCUGCUUAGGCUCCACUUCCAUGACUGCUUUGUCGAGGGAUGUGACGGUUCGAUUUUGAUCGAAAAUGGUGCAAAUGCUGAAAGACACGCAUUUGGACACCAAGGCGUCGGAGGGUUUGAAGUGAUAGGGAAAGCCAAAGCAGAAUUGGAAGUCGUAUGUGGAGGCGUGGUGUCUUGUGCAGACAUCGUGGCCUUAGCCGGUCGAGACGCUAUAGCCUUGGCAAAUGGACCAGCUUUCCAGGUUCCAACGGGCCGAAGAGAUGGCCGGGUUUCCAACAUUUCAUUGGCAGUUGACAUGCCGGAUGUUAGUGAUACAAUUCAGCAACUUAAGGCCAAGUUUUUGCAAAAGGGACUCACGGAGAAAGACCUCGUUCUUCUUACUGGUGCGCAUACAGUUGGGAGCACAGCAUGCUUCUUCAUGACGAAACGGCUUUACAACUUCUUCCCAGGUGGAGGAUCCGACCCGGCUAUAAACCCGGCUCUCCUUCCAGAGUUACAGGCUAGGUGUCCUGAGGGUGGAGAUGUUAAUGUACGAUUGGCAACCGAUCGUGGGAGCGAGCAAACAUUUGACGACCAUAUUUUGCAAAACAUUAGGGAAGGCUUUGCUGUUCUGGAAUCCGAUGCGAGGCUGAAUGAUGAUGAGACAACCAAGAGUAUAUUGGACUCUUACUUUGAUUUCCUCGACCCUCUGUUUGGGCCUUCUUUUGAGGCUGAUUUUGUCGACUCCUUCCUCAAGAUGGGCCAGAUCGGUGUUAAGACAGCUUUCCAGGGAGAGAUUAGGCGUGCAUGUGCAGCUUUUAAUUGA